AUGACAGAGAUUCCAACAGCCGCCGCCGGUCCCGAUGGCGGACACGUGUUCUCCGUUUCCGAAGCGCGAUACUUUGCGCCCAUCACAAACUCGGACUCGUUUCAUCUACACGCGCACGAUUCCAGCCUGGCCAGCGUCUUUGCGCUCCCACAAGUAGAGAAGCCACGAGUGACAGCCGACUGGCUGCGAGCUCUUGUGCAAGAAUACGAGAAUACCGACGAUGUCUUCGACAAGGCAUUCCUUGCCACUGUGGUCUUCCAUGGGGCAGUAGCAGACGACGUCGAAUUCACCAGUGACGCUCGAGAGUACCUCCUCAAACUCGGUAACGAGCAGGUGGUCUUCGUCACCUUGCCGGACCUGCUGCCGGGCCCCUAUCUUGUCAUUGGCGGGAAGCUGAGGGACGUGUGGAAGCUGGUCGACGAUUCCAAUGGCACCUGCAUGACCACCUUGAAGCCCCAGUCAAACCCAUCCGACGCCUUCGAGUCGUUCCAAGUCUGCGGCGUUGACAGCCAGUUCCCAAGCUUUGCGCUACGAUCCCGAAUCAAGACAAGGGCAGCCUUCAAGUCGCCUCUCGCCGGCCUCCGCAUCCUCGUCAAGGACAACAUUCACCUCAAAGGCACCAAGACCUCAGUCGGCAACCGAGCGUUCUACAAUACGUAUCCCCCGCGCCAGGAAUCGGCGCAAUGCAUACAGAAGCUGGUGGACCAGGGCGUGGUUGUCGCUGGGAAGACCAAGAUGAACUCCUUUGGUAACUGGGAGGAACCUCUCGAGUAUAUCGACUACCAGGCACCCUGGAACCCGCGCGGCGACCGAUAUCAGUCCCCCGGGGGGAGCAGCUCGGGCAGCGCGGUGGCAGUUGCGGCGUACGACUGGCUUGACCUUGCCAUUGGCACCGACACGUGGGCAAGCGUUACUAGACCUGCACUCUGGUGUGGGUGCUUUGGUCUUCGUCCUACCUUUGGAGCUGUCUCUGCACAUGGCGUUGAGCCUUAUUGCCAGAAAUGGGACACCGUUGGUAUUCUUGCAAGAGAUCUACAGAAAUGCAGGGAUUUUGCUGCGGAGUGGCUUGAUACCAAUGUACUCGACAAGGAAACAAAGCCAUUUUCGGCGGUUAUAUGGCCAACAGAUUACUGGAGCAUCAUCGAUCCCGCGCAGACCGCAGCUGCUCGAGACUUUGCAAAGACAACUACAAAAAUUCUUGGCGUAGCUUUUGAGGAGGUUUCCUUCGAAGCACUUUGGGCAAAGUUUUCACCGCCCGAGGCACAUGGCCUCUCGUUGGGCGAGUUUAUCAACAAGGCGACGAUGGCCCAAUGCUACGACGCAUACCAUAACUGUGACGACUUCGUCAAGAAGCACCGGGAACAAUUUGGUCGUGCACCAUACAUAUCUCCGCCUAACCAGAGAAUGUGGAACUUUGCAAAGACCCUCUCCAAAGAGGACAGAGACGGGUAUUUUGCAAAGAUAGACAUUUACGAGGGAUGGUUCCGCGAUACCGUCCUUUCCGGACAGAACUCGAACGCCCUCAUCAUCAUGCCCCUCGAGUCCAUGACUCCGAGAUAUAGAGACCAGUCGCCGACGUUCAAACGACCGCCCCAGGACGGUAUCAAUGCAUUGGCACUGGCGCCAGUCAUGAAGUCUCCUGUUCUUGCUGUACCGAUUUCCGAGGUCUCGUACGACUCCAGCAUCACAGGGCAGACGGAGAACCUCCCGCUCGUAGUGGCGGUCAUGGGCAUGCCAGGUACGGAUCUGGCCCUCAUGGAUACAAUGCACAUGAUUCUACGCAAGGCGAAGUUGCCCACCACGGUGAAAACAGGGAAGAGGAUGUAUGGCUGA